UAUAAUUCUGUUUUCAUUUAGAAGUGGUAUUCACAAUUACAUUCUAUUGUAUUUCUCGAAAGAAAGAAAGACGCCGCAUUGUUCAUGCCAUCCUUUGUUCAAUCGACGGUUUCAUGAGACUUGAGCUGGGACGCUAGUCGCUUAGGUGAUCGAGACCCUUCUCUUCCUUCACCCAUCCGUAAUCCAAGAGAAAUAUCUUCAUCCUCUUCUUCACCUCCUCCUUUCUCUACCUAAUAUCUUAUGAACAGUCGCUCGUUUCGCUGGUCGAUUGAUACGCAUCUAAUUACCCAUCACGACGAGGAUUCAAAUUUUCGACACCUGGUUGAAGUGAAGGCUUAUUCAUGAUCUCCUCGACGACCGAUCGAGCGGUUACAGCUGCAUGAGUUCGGGCGCAACAACCAGACAAUAAACCUCAGCUCCAGCCCCGUCUCCUUUCUCCCUCUUCACCAAACAUCUACCAGCGAGCGAGCAUGUACAUACUGCAGAGCAUCACGACGAUAAUCGUCAGCGUUCUUCUUCUCUUCUCUUCUCCCACCCAAGCACAUUCCAACGAACGCAAUCCUUUAACCUACUACUCCCUCGUCACCAAUGCGAAUUUCAAUACCCCCAGCCAUCGCAUACACCACCUCUCUAAAUUCGACCUCACAUUCGACCUCCACGACUCGCAGCAACGCAUCAGAUUAUCGCUGCAACCGAACCACAAUGUCAUCGCUGACGACGCAACGAUUUCGUACCUGGGCCCGGACGGAGAAAUAAGGAGCAGCGAGCCGAUGGACAGGAGCGAGUACCGGGUCUUCAAAGGACAGGCGUUCUUGCAGCAUUGGGAGGGCGCGGAAUGGACGAAUGUUGGGUGGGCAAGAAUCAUGGUUGCGAGGGAUGGUGCGGAGCCGAUUUUCGAGGGCGCGUUUAGGGUUGAUGGGGAUCAUCAUCAUGUGCAGACGAGGACGCAUUUUAUGCAGACGAAGCAUCGCUUGGAUCCGGUGUUGCCGGAGGGGGAGGGCGAGUAUAUGGUUGUGUGGAGGGAUUCUGAUAUUGCUACGGAUGUGAGUGUUGACUUUGAGGGGUUGGUGCAUGGGGAGUUGAGGAGGGCAAGGUUGAGGGAGAGAGGCUUUGGGGUGGUGGAUGAGAGGAGCUGUUCGGCGGAUGGGUUGGGGUUUAAUACUCAGCUUGAUCAUCCUGUUUAUACGGGAAUGGCAAAGAGAGAUGAUAAUUCUUGGGGGUCGAUGUACACGCGAUCGAUUUUCGGGAGACAGAUUGAUGGACAGACGGGUGGAAAUUCUGCUGGUGUCAAUUUGACUACGACGAUUGGUUCGACCUCUGGAUGUCCUUCGACUAGGAAAGUUGCUCUGGUGGGAGUAGCGACUGAUUGCACCUACACGGCGGCCUUUAAUUCGACUUCUUCUGCUCGGGCGAACGUUAUCAACGUCAUUAAUUCUGCUUCGGUGCAAUACGAGGACUCUUUCAACAUUACGUUGGGUCUUCAGAAUCUUACUAUUAGCGAUGCCACUUGCCCUUCUACAGCAGCGGCAUCUGCACCAUGGAACGUGGGCUGUAGCGACUCGGUUACGAUUCAGGAUCGAUUGAACCUUUUCUCUGGAUGGAGAGGACAAAGAGCAGAUACGAACGCUUACUGGACCCUGCUCAGUACAUGUGCAACUGGAUCCGCUGUUGGGUUGGCAUGGUUGGGACAAGCUUGUGUUGCAACCUCACAAGUAGCUUCAUCAUCGACAGGAAACGAAACUGUGAGCGGAGCCAAUGUUGUAGUGAGAACGAGUACGGAAUGGCAAGUUGUGGCUCAUGAGACAGGCCAUACAUUUGGAGCUGUUCAUGACUGCACUUCUACAACCUGCACGGAUGGUACGACUGUUGCUUCACAACAAUGCUGUCCACUCAGUGCCGACACAUGUGAUGCUGGAGGAGCAUAUAUCAUGAACCCGAGUACUGGAACCAAUAUUAUGAAAUUCUCACCUUGUACUAUUGGCAACAUCUGCUCUGCUAUUGGUCGAAACAGCGUCAAGACUACAUGUUUGACAGCUAACAAGGACGUCUCGACCAUCUCUGGAAGUCAAUGUGGCAACGGUAUUGUCGAAGCUGGAGAAGAAUGCGAUUGUGGUGGAACAGCCAGCUGUGGCAGCAACCCUUGCUGUGAUCCCACGACUUGCCAGUUCACGACCAAUUCAGUCUGUGAUCCUAGCAAUGAGGAUUGCUGCACCUCUUCUUGUCAAUUUGCAGGAAAUGGCACAGUAUGCAGAGCCAGUACAGGCAUUUGUGAUCCCCAGGAAGUAUGCAGCGGCACAGCAGCAGCAUGCCCUGCUGACGCUACUGCUCCUGAUGGCACUUCCUGCGGCAAUUCAUCCAGCUCCCUCUCCUGCGCUUCAGGCCAAUGCACAUCCCGUGACCUCCAAUGCAAAACCCUGAUGGGUUCCUACACCCAAGGAAACGACACCUACGCCUGCUCCUCCUCAGGCUGUCAAAUUUCCUGCGCCUCCCCCGAGUUCGGCGCCAACGUCUGCUACUCCAUGCAGCAGAACUUCCUCGACGGCACAUCCUGCCAAGGCGGCGGCCGCUGCUCCAACGGCCAAUGCGACGGCUCCUCCGUCGGCAAGGAGAUCUCGAGCUGGAUCAGCCAGAAUAGAACACUCGUCAUAGCGCUAGCGAGCGUUAUUGGCGGUCUGUUCGUGUUAGCGGUACUAAGCUGCUGCGUUUCGAGAUAUAGAAGGAGAAAACGUCUCGCAGCAAGGAAAAAUAUCACGCCUCCUCCGGGACCCCUCCCACCGCCAGGAUGGUACGGCCAGAAUGCACCGCCUCCGUAUCCCGGACAGACGCCGAGGAACGGGGCGUGGGAGAAUGGGAGGUGGCAGCAGGGGCCCAGAGAGCCGCCUAUGGCGUGGCAGCCUAGUGUGAGGUAUGCUUGAUUAUUGUGGGUUUUGGGGGCAUUGGCGU